AUCAGCUCAGUGCUUUGCUAUGCCAGCACUGCAUAGACUGGCCAGCAUGAGUCUGGGGUCAACAUGAAGAAGUUCCUCCAUUAUCUGGGACUAAAGGACAAUGAGCUGCACGCUGCAGCCAGUGUGGGCGACCUUGACAGGCUUGAGCAGCUCCUGAACAGAAAGGGGAAGAAGGCCAAUGUGAACAAGGCCGACAAGGAGAACAGGACCCUUCUACACGUUGCCUGCGCUGGAGGACACAGUGACGUUGUUUCUUUCCUUGUGGAAAAUCAGGCUGAACUUGACCCCAUUGACGAUGAGCACCAGACACCCUUAAUUAUGGCAGUCCAACACAUGAGAGAGGAAUGUGUCCUCAUUCUCCUAAAAAACGGAGCCAAUCCAUGGCUGAAGGAUAUCAAUGGAGAUACUGCUUUGCACCACGCUGCACUUGUUUCUGAACUUCCUCUGGGCCAGACACCUGCUGGACUACAAUGCGGCAGUGGACACCCCCAAACAAGAUGUCUGGAGCUGCUCCUGAAACAGAGAUCUCAAAUGGAGUCUGAAGCCUUCCUCAUGUAUGACAGUGAGCUUUGCACAUCGGAGGAGGAGAAUCGCAGCCGGGAGGCUGAGCAGAAACCAACUGAUGGCAUGGGGCUCAUGCCAUUCAAUGGAAUGAAAUUUGGUAAAAUGGAGACGUCAGAAGAGUUCUUCUUCAUCUAG